UUCAUCUUCUUGCUGACACCUGAACGUUGGAGAAGAGAGAUAUCAACGAUGCGUGAAUGUAUUUCCAUACAUGUGGGCCAGGCUGGGGCUCAGAUUGGCAAUGCAUGCUGGGAGCUUUACUGCCUGGAACAUGGUAUCCAGCCGGAUGGACAAAAGCCUUCUGAUAAGACAUUUGUGAGUAAAGAUGACUCCUUUAACACCUUUUUCAGUGAAACCGGAGCUGGAAAACAUGUCCCAAGGGCCAUCUUUGUAGACCUGGAGCCCACCGUCAUUGAUGAGGUACGUACAGGUACCUACCGUCAGCUCUUCCACCCAGAGCAGUUGAUCACAGGGAAAGAAGAUGCUGCCAACAACUACGCCCGUGGUCACUACACCAUUGGGAAGGAGAUCAUUGAUCUGGUUCUGGACAGGACUCGCAAGCUGGCUGAUCAGUGCACCGGUUUGCAAGGCUUCCUCAUCUUCCAUUCCUUUGGUGGAGGCACUGGAUCUGGUUUUACUUCACUCCUCAUGGAAAGGCUGUCUGUUGAUUAUGGUAAAAAGUCCAAGCUUGAGUUUGCGAUCUACCCAGCACCCCAGGUUUCAACAGCAGUCGUAGAGCCUUACAACUCCAUUCUCACCACUCACACCACCCUGGAGCACUCCGACUGUGCCUUCAUGGUUGACAACGAAGCCAUCUAUGACAUCUGUCGCAGGAACCUCGAUAUUGAAAGGCCAUCCUACACUAACCUGAACAGGCUCAUUGGCCAGAUAGUGUCGUCUAUCACAGCCUCUCUUCGCUUUGACGGAGCCCUGAACGUUGACCUGACAGAGUUCCAGACCAACUUGGUGCCCUACCCUCGUAUCCACUUCCCUCUGGCGACAUAUGCCCCGGUCAUCUCCGCUGAGAAGGCCUACCAUGAGCAACUCUCUGUGGCAGACAUCACCAACACCUGUUUUGAGCCAGCCAAUCAGAUGGUGAAGUGUGACCCUCGUCAUGGUAAAUACAUGGCCUGCUGUCUGCUGUACCGUGGUGAUGUGGUGCCCAAAGACGUCAACUCCGCUAUCGCCGCCAUCAAGACUAAACGCACCAUCCAGUUUGUGGACUGGUGUCCCACGGGCUUCAAGGUGGGCAUCAACUACCAGCCUCCAACAGUGGUUCCUGGAGGAGAUCUGGCCAAAGUGCAGAGAGCGGUGUGCAUGCUGAGCAACACCACAGCCAUCGCUGAGGCCUGGGCUCGUUUGGACCACAAGUUUGACCUGAUGUAUGCCAAGAGGGCCUUUGUGCAUUGGUAUGUGGGAGAGGGAAUGGAGGAGGGAGAGUUCUCUGAGGCCAGGGAAGAUAUGGCCGCCCUGGAGAAGGAUUAUGAAGAGGUGGGUGCAGACUACAUGGGGGAUGAGGAUGAAGGAGAGGAAUAUUGACCCAAAGAGCCAAAGAAAAGUUGACAAUUGUCGCAAGUAAACACGAGUAGUACAGUAGAUUUUAGCACACAUUAGGUGGUUUAGUUUAGUUGUUUUUUUUAGUUCAGACAAGAAGUCCUGCCUAUGAUCGUGUAUUAAAAUAGUGGAGAUUUCUUAGUUUGAACUUCCAGAGAGAUUUUCCUGCGUCCAGUGUCAGACUCUCUUUUGUGCACCUCCCCCACUAGCCCCACAUGUGGAAUGUAAGUUAUGAAAGGGCUCCAAUGUCUGUUUCUAUGUACUAUUCAGCUGUGACUCUGUGAGAGCGUUAGAGCCAGAUAACCAUCCACCAACGCCCACUCCAAUGAAUCCUUCUCAUCUUAUUUUGCAGUGCAACUCUACCAUAACACAAAGGAACAUCUAGAAAGAGAGCUAGAUAUAUUCUUACAUCAAUGUUUGUCAACCUUUUUAGUUUACACCAUUUUUUCAUCUCAUGUUUGUUUUCACUGAAACAGGAUGUGCACAUUGUACAGAUUCUCCUUGUUAAUACAACACCGGUAAAAGAUAAUAAAGAUGAUACCACAAUGUGCCCCCUCCCUCCUGUAAUAUGCAAAUGCCCUUGAGCGUGGACUCUGGUUUGGAGCUGAGCCACAGGCGCUCCAGCUGUGAAGUGUGUGAUCUCCGUCUACAAAAGGGUCAAACUCGGCAGGUAGCACACGUUGAAGAGGUGGUUUCCUCAGCAUGAGUCAUGGUCUUAGUUGAAAUUGUUUGAUGUAUU